AUGGCCACACUAACUUUUCCAAAUAUCUUCUCCUCAUCUAUCUCUCCCUCUAUGCACAAGCCAACACUAAAUCCUACAACAUGCCACUCAAUUUUAAAACCAAAUCGGAUCAUAAAUUUGUUAAAAUCUUGUUCGAAUUUUAGAGAAUUUCUACCAAUUCAUGCCCAUUUAAUCACUACUAAUCUCAUUCAUGACCCUGAAACAACAAGCCAAGUUCUUGCUUUUUUGGUCUCUGUUAAUGACCUUGAUUAUGCCCGUCAAAUUUUGAGCUAUGCCCACGAACCAGAAACCGUAUUUUGGAAUACCCUUUUAGAAAACAAACUUAAAGAAGGUUGUCUACGAGAAGUGUUUGAGGGUUAUUAUCAUAUGGUAACUCGAGGUGUGUUGCUAGAUAUUUCCACUUUUCACUUCUUGAUUCAUGCUUGUUGUAAGAUUUUUAACGUUAAAUUGGGAAGUGAAGUUCAUGGGAGAAUUUUGAAAUCUGGGUUUGGAAGAAAUAAGUCUUUGAACAACAAUUUGAUGGGUUUGUACUCAAAGUGUGGGAAAUUGAACGAAGUAUGUCAGUUGUUUGAGAAAAUGACUCAUAAAGAUGUUAUUAGUUGGAACACCAUGAUUUCUUGUUGUGUUUUGAACGGAAUGUACAGGGAAGCGUUGAAUUUAUUUGAUGAAAUGUUGGUUAGUGGGGUUCUGCCAGAUGAGAUAACAAUGGUUAGCUUGGUUUCUGCUUGUGCUAAGUUGAGGGAUUUGGGAGUGGGAAAAGGAUUGCAUCUUUACAUUGAAGAAAACAAGUUAAGGAUUAGAGGGAGUUUGUUGAACUGUUUAGUAGAUAUGUAUUUCAAGUGUGGGAAAAUGGACGAAGCACUUAGUGUAUUGAGUAGAUGUGAUGAAUCGGAGGUUGAUGUUGUUUUGUGGACUACUUUGGUUUGUGGGUAUGUGAAGUCUAAUAAGAUAGAUAAGGCUAGGCAACUUUUCGACAAGAUGAACGAGAGGAGUUUGGUAUCGUGGACUAUGAUGAUGUCUGGUUUUGUUCAAGGUGGGUGUUAUUUUGAAAGUUUAGAGUUGUUUAGACAAAUGAGGUUUGAAAAUGUGAUCCCAGAUGAGGUUGCUCUUGUGACAGCACUUUCAGCUUGCGUUCGUGUAGGAGACUUUAAUUUAGGAAGAGCUAUCCAUGCCUUUAUUGUGAUGUACGGAAUGAUUGUGGAUGGGUUUCUUGGGAAUGCUCUGUUGGACUUGUAUGCAAAAUGUGGGAAACUUGAUGAAGCUCACAACGCUUUUGAGCAGUUGCCGUAUAAAAGUGCAGCAUCCUGGAAUUCAAUGUUGUAUGGAUUUUGCCGAAGUGGAGUUGCUGAUAAGGCAAGAGACUUCUUCAAUAAGAUUCCAGAGAAGGAUAUAAUUUCUUGGAACAAUAUGGUCAAGUUUUAUGUCAAACGUGGUCUGUUUAGUGAAUCAUUUGAACUUUUCUGCAAGAUGCAGAAUUCAAAUGUAAUACCUGACAAGAUCACUUUGAUCAGCUUGCUUUCAUCCUGUGCUAAUGUUGGAGCCCUGAAUCAUGGCAUUUGGGUUAAUGUGUACAUAGAGAAGAAUGAGAUUGGUAUAGAUGCUACGUUGGGAACUGCCUUAAUUGACAUGUAUGGGAAAUGUGGGUGUGUUGAAAUGGCCUAUGAGAUCUUUUCCCAAAUAAGGGAGAAGAAAUUAUUUGUUUGGACUGCAAUUAUAGCGGCAUAUGCCAUGGAGGGGCAUGCCUCGGAAGCUAUAAAUGUUUACUUGGAAAUGGAGGAAAGAGGAGUAAAACCAGACCAUGUCACUUUCGUAGCUCUACUAGCCGCUUGUAGCCAUGGAGGUUUAGUUGAUGAAGGCUACAAAUAUUUCAACAAGUUGAGUAAUUUUUAUAAUAUUACUCCUACAAUUCAGCAUUAUGGCUGUAUGGCUGAUCUCCUGGGUCGAGCUGGGCACUUGGAAGAAACAGUGAAGUUCAUUGAGAGAAUGCCAAUAGAACCUGAUGUCUCUAUAUGGAGUUCCUUAAUGAGAGCAUGUAGAAGUCACCACAAUGUGGAAUUAGCAGAACAUGCAUUUAAACAUGUCAUAGAGACAGACCCUACAAAUGUCGGUGCUCACGUCCUUCUUUCAAAUAUAUAUGCAGAUGCAGGUAGAUGGGAUGAUGUGAGUAGGGUGAGAACGAAGCUACAUGAGACAGGAGUACCAAAGCAACCAGGUUUCAGUAUGAUAGAACAAAAUGGAGUUGUUCAUGAAUUCACUGCCUCAAACCCUGUAUCUGCAGACAUUAUCUGCAUGUUACAAGAUAUAGAGAGAAGAUUACUCAUGAAACAGGAACUAUCAGGUACAUCUCAACAUAGUGAAAGGUUGGCCGUCGCAUUUGGUCUUGUAAACAGCCAAGAAAACUCCCCAAUCCGGGUUGUGAAUAGCGUUCGAAUGUGUAUAGAUUGUCACUCAGUUAUGAAACUCAUAUCUCAGGCCUAUGAUAGAGAAAUAGUUAUUAGGGAUAAUUAUAGGUUUCAUAGAUUCAAAGAUGGAUAUUGCUCCUGUAAAGAUUACUGGUGA